AUGGCUGAUACGUCCUUCAAAUCAAGAGCGAUUGGGUUGGUGAUUGUUAAAGGCAAUUGGUUAGGAAAAGACAAUAUAAUAGAUAAGCCAACAAAAGAAAAGCAGUCAACAAGAGGAUGGCAAUUGAUGGAGUGUAUAAACAAAGGAAAAGUGAGGAAAAGAUGGGGUCUGCCGUCAGAUGGUUAG